AUGACAAUAACCCACCCCCAGCUCUCAAAUCGUUACCAAAUUCGCCCACUCACACUCUCACAUCUAACAUGGACCAAAGCCCUCCUCGUCCAAGCCAACACGUCCCCUUCCUCUAUCUGGCCAACCCUUCAACCAGGUAACCAGACUGCGCUUGCCUACCGCCAGUUCCAUGCAAUGGACUCUGUUGUACGCCACCUGAUAAACUCAGGCAUAUCCUUCGGAGUCUUCGACACGGAAUAUGAGUUUCGAUUUGCCUCCUCCGCUGAAACAGGCGGACAGCUUUAUUGGGAUGAAACAGACUUGAAAGCGACAACGGGGCAGCUUCUCGAGCAGAUGGACUUCCCGCUCGUCUCCAUUGCGCUGAGCUACGAUGCCACCGACCCACCGGAUGAGGCCAAACUGCAAGAUUACUACGAAAUUCUCCCAGUUGCCCGAGACCUGUUCAGUCACCUAGAAUCUCUGAUCCCUCCCUCUGCUCGGGCUGGCUACGCCGGUGCUGGAUGCGGGAAACUAUGUCGGGGCAGAGUACUGAUGGCGCGAUCGCUCGCGACUAGGGGUGAUUAUGAGCGGCGCGGGAUCAUGAAGGGUACGGCAUGGUGGUUGAUGAGGGAGGCAAAGAGGUGGGGUUACGAAGUGAUCGAGAUUCGAACUGGGAGUGCUGCUGUUCGGCGGGUUUGGGAGAAUCCCCCCGAGCCGUUUCGGGCGACUGUCAUGGCGGAAUUCGUGGUUGGAGAGUAUGAGAUUGUUGAUUCAGAGGGAAGGAAGAGGAGGCCGUUUCAGGGGAUUAAUGCAGAGAGGUGUCGACUUCGGAUUGACUUGUGA